AUGCUUGGCAUCCAAUCUCGUAUCAUCACUCUGCUCGAUCAGUUGUUGACUGCCCACUCACUCAAGGACACCGAGCUGAUCAAGAGUUCAAUCAAUUCUCUGAUACGUGUGUUCAAUGAACAUGACAACAACAUCCUCUUUGUCAACUAUGAGAUGGUGUCCCAACUUACCAAUCUCCAAGCCAUCCUGGAGCAAGGCAUUCAAGAUGACACGAUGGAGGAGGUGACCUGCCUCAUCGACCUGAUGAUCAAGUUUGCCUCCGAGACAAUCGAGACCAUGAGGAAUCACUACCAAAUAAGUGGAAUGCUUUGA